GGAGGAGCUUUACUUAGCCGGUCAUCUGCUAAUGAGCUAGCGGGUAUUGGGUUGUUGUUUUUUACGGUGGUGGAUUAUUUUAAAGCGUAACCAUGUUGGAAGUUAGAAGCACGGUAGUGUCUUGUAGCGUCCGAACGCUACUUCGGCAUAUUUCAGCGGAAAAUGGGAUACGCUAACUGUGACCAAAUCAUGGAAUCACGGACAGGGAGUGUAUCUUCUAGACUGGGGUCCAGCCCUGGUGUGAGAGGACAGACUUUAAAAAGUAGCCCUUUCUGCCCUCAUUCCUGCAGCAAGUUGACACAGUCCAUCAUUAAAGAUCACAUGAUGUCUCAUUACAAAAAGGUUUACUCUGCUAAAGCUGCCAUUGAUGCCUCGGUUCCCAAAAGCUUGAUACACAGUGUGAAGUAUAAUGACCAGAUCAGGCAGGAGCGCUUGAGGAAAGGGGGUCGGCCUCAGUCAGCCCACUCCCUCACACAGAGGAAUGGUAGAGCCUCCUGCUCUUCAGCUCAGAGUAGAUUAUCUGCACACUAUGAUGACAAUCCCUACCUCUACUCAAGAAGCUCCAUGAUCUCCAGCCCAAGAUUCAGCACUUCCUUUAAUGCCAAGGAUAUUGUCUAUCCACUGAAAGCUGGUCAACAGAGCCAACAACAUCACAAUCGGCCAGCAUCAGAGAUGAAGUACCACAGCCCAGAUUCAGCUUUAAAACGAAGGCAGUCUGCCUCUUCUCUGGCAGCUUCUGCAGAUCAGAGCUGCUACAAGACUUUCAAGGAUCCUGUUCAAAAGACAUACAGCGGAGACUUGCUCCAGAAACAUUCACAGCACUUUACCCAAGACAAACCUUUCACCCCUAAGACACUGAAGUCUGAUAAGAGCUCAUACCUGUCAAGUUAUCGCUACUACAGAGCACCACGGAGGAAAGCCACCGACGACUCCACUAAGUCUAGAUUGAUGCGACAGGAGACAUAUCAUGGAAGCACAAAAACCAAGGGAUACACACAGGAGUUUUAUGGAUCAUCUCAGGGAUUUAAUACAGAGAAUGAGUUGUCUGAGGAUGAACUCACUGGCACAUAUUUCUCAACAUCCAGAGAGCAAAGUCGAGCUAUCAGAAGCAGGGACCAUGAACUACUCCAGUCCUCAUCUGGGGUCUCACCAGAGGGUGGGAAAUCUCCAACUAUGAAGAGUAUAUCUACAGAAGAAGAGGAACUCAUGUAUCUUGAGUUCAUUUCUUCUGUUACAGAGGAUAUCUUAUCGAGGGCACACAUUUCUGACAGGGUUCUAGACCGGGUGAUAGAGCGGCACAUUGGCAUGAAUCGGCAUAACCUUGAUGAAGGUAAAAUGCGCCACCUUCUGGAAGUGCUGCGUAAAGAAUUUGAAAAUCCAGCUGACAUAUCCACCUCCAAUACAGAGGCUGAAAAAAAGAAAGACAGUCUGUUUGAUGCUCUCCUACCACAUCUGGACUCAGGAACAGAAGAGAAGACCAAAGAUAACAAGAACCUGUUCUCUUUUGAUUCAUUCAUUAAAAACUAUGAUUUGCCAGAUCAUAGUGAUCCCUUAUUGGUGUCUACUCCCUUAUGCUCCCCAAAAAGGACCACUUUACCCCCCAAAACAAAUGAAAUGGAUGGAGCAGAUGACUACUUCAAAGAGGACAUUAGCUUUCCCUGGCACAGUGACCACGCUCCUGAUAGUACAGGACUCGGAGAAGAGGACCUCCAUCAAAAUCAAACUGACACAACUGAGCCAAACAAAGAAAUCAGCAAUGACAGCCAAGAGCUUGCACCAAGUGCUCGCACCACUCCAAGCACUGACAAAGCAUUUCAUGAGGACGCAGCUGAGGUCGACGGACAGUCGAAUGAGGUAGAGGAUCUGGGGAGAAGUUUGUCAGAGUCACUUCACGUGUCCAGCAAUACACAACACAACAAUGUGGAGACUACUGAGAAACAAUCAGAUGCUUCUGUCAGUGAUGAUGAGUUCUGAAUAUUCAGGGAGUACUGUUUUUUAGUAAAGGAGUGUUUUGCAGUGACAUUUAUUUGAAUCUUUAAAAGUAUAGUUUUUGAUGUGUUUUACACUUGUGGUGUUUUUAUGAUUUACCUUCUGCAGUAGUUACAACAUUUUUCAUCUCUUUUAAAAGGUACAAUAUAAAUUUCACACAAGUAAAAUGGUUAUGCAAAUAAAUCAGAGGCUAAAUUGUCUUUUCAGGUAUACUCAAAGUUUGGUAAACAUAUGCAUAAUGGAACAUUCAAGAAAAUGUAAUGCAGUGCUUCCCAGAGUGUUGGCAGAGGUGUAGUAGGAGAAUGGUCAUUUACAUUACUAAAAAUCAUUGAAACAUUCUACUGUACUGCUGGCUUCUUAAUCUUGAGAAUUUAUCUAUGCUCUCGGAAACAUUAAUUCCACUUGAAAAGAUUUUGCUGGGCCACAAAGAACGUUCACAUAGAAAUUUACGUGAUUUUGCAGAUACAUUAUUAAAACAAAAUAAAUGGCAGUGGUUUAUUAAUACUUUGUGACCCCAAUGAUUUCCCAAGUCAUGUAAAUGUAUCUGACAGCAGACCUUUGCAUUGAAAUUCCCCAAAAUAUGACAAAGGUGAUCUAGACUACUUCACCCACAGUAUGUCCGAUUUCUGAAACUAGUGGUGUCAUUUAGUUUUACAGGGAGUGUUGUCCUGGAUAAUGUAGCUGCAGUUUACAUUUUACAGAUUUUUCUUUGUUUGGUUGACUUGACUAUGCCUCAUAUGUAGCUACUAGUUGUUUACUGUCACCAGAAAGUGUCUUUACAGUUGCAAUAAAUUUUCUAUUCUUCUG